AUGUCCGACGACUCCGCGGACUCCACCGUCGGCGACGACGAGGAGAAGCAGGAAGAGAACCGGAGGGCUCGCGGUGGCAGAACGGACGGAAGAGUGGCGAGGUUGAAGGCGCUGUUCUGCUGCCUCGGACGCGGUAGCGAACCACGCGCGGACGGGACCGUCGAGUACGAUCCCGAUGAAUGCGACUAUGUCGUCGAGAAGCUCGUCGUGAGACGCAUGCCACUCGCCCUCUUCGCGAUCUCGGCCGAUCUCGCGGAUAACGCUACGCGAGGAGCGUCGACGAGACUCGGGACGGACAGAAGAUCCGCGACGAACAAGACCUUACGCUUCGCGAACAAGAACAAGCGUCGAGACUCGAUCGACAGAAGGCUGGAUUGUCGAGCGAAGUCUUCAGGCUGGCGAGACGGGAUUCCGAGUAAAUUCACCGAUCUGCGUCCAGACUUGAGGGAAUCUGAACGUCCGUUCGAGGACCCUUCGAAUUUUUCCAGAAAUAGACGGUUGUUUGCGGAGGAUAUCUCCGAAGUGACGUCCAGUACGAGAACCGAUGUUACCUCCUGGACAACGUCCUCUACAACUGUUCAGGACGAUGUUCCAACUCGGGACGACUCUGCUCAUCGUGGAUCUUUUAAUCCUCUCUUUGGAAGCGAAAGAGAGCCGCGCGCGGAGAGAGACGAGGCAGCGCGAGACGCGUCCUCCAGGAAAGAACGAGAUAAAUUUGUCCCUGGACGAAACCGGAAGUACAUAGUGUCGCCGUUUCGAGUACGAAGAGGUUCCCUCGAUCUUGCAAAACCCGCGAAGGGUGUCGUCGGAGAUCUCGGGGUGGAUGGCAAAUCGUUGUCGUACAUUGAAGAAUCUCUGGAGGAUAAGUCUACAGAGCCAACGGGGGAUGCGAAAGAUCGCGAUUUGGAAUCGAAUACAGCGGUCAGGUGGCGAAUCACCGUCAGACGUCAGUGUGCAAACGCGAAUCUCGAGCAUGAUGUUUCCAAGCCAUAUCCUUCUCUGGAAGGAAAAACACAUAGAUGAGAACGUAUCCCCACGUGCAACGACAGCUGCGUCCACCUG